UCAUAGAUAGGGGCGCGAUUUUCUGAACUCGCAGUGGCAACAGCAAUUCUUGAUCACCGCGGUCACUCUCCGCUUUGCGUUUGGGUUGUGCAGUGAAGUGCAUUGCUACUUGUAGCUGAGGAGAAUGGCAGCUAUGACGUGCUCCAUGGGGACAGCAGUGGCGCCACGCUCCACGGUGGCUAUGGAGACCGCCACAUCCAGCUCUGUAAGCCAGCGGGUGAGCUUCGUUGGGCGCAGGUCGGCAGUGGUGGCGUUUGGGAUUGGCAAUGGAAGUGCCAGAGUGACCAUGGCCGCCGCUGGUGCUGCAGCGCCCAAGGGCGGCAAGCAGCAGAAGAAGGAGAUUGACGAGACGCUUCUGACUCCGAGGUUUUACACCACCGACUUUGACGAGAUGGAGCAGCUGUUCAAUGUAGAGAUCAAUAAGAACUUGAAUGAGGCUGAAUUCGAGUCUUUAUUGGCUGAGUUCAAGGCUGACUAUAACCAAACUCAUUUCGUUAGGAACCCUGAGUUCAAGGUCGCCGCGGAUAAGAUACAGGGACCAUUGAGGCAGAUUUUUGUGGAGUUUUUGGAGCGGUCUUGUACUGCAGAAUUCUCCGGGUUUUUGUUGUACAAGGAAUUGGGAAGGAGGCUGAAGAAGACAAACCCUGUGGUGGCUGAGAUUUUCACCCUUAUGUCAAGGGAUGAAGCCAGACAUGCUGGCUUCUUGAACAAGGGACUGUCAGACUUCAACUUGGCCCUGGAUCUCGGAUUCUUGACCAAGUCAAGGAAAUACACUUUCUUCAAGCCUCAGUUCAUCUUCUACGCUACCUAUUUAUCUGAGAAGAUUGGCUACUGGAGGUACAUUACCAUUUUCAGGCAUUUGAAACAAAACCCCGAUUACCAGUGCUAUCCUAUCUUCAAGUACUUCGAGAACUGGUGCCAAGACGAGAACCGUCACGGUGAUUUCUUCUCGGCUCUCAUGAAGGCACAGCCUCAGUUCCUAAACGACUGGAAGGCCAAACUUUGGGCUCGUUUCUUCUGCCUUUCUGUGUAUGUGACAAUGUACCUGAAUGAUGUUCAAAGAACCUCAUUCUAUGAGGGGAUUGGCCUGAACACCCGCGACUUCGAUAUGCAUGUCAUUGUUGAGGUCAGAUAUUCUCUCGUUACUAAUUCUGUUCUUGCAGCGCUAAUAUUUUUUGUUCACAGCAUCCUUCCAUCUCCUAUUUAAAAUUUUUCAUUUGAUCUGGCCAUAUUCAUUGUUACUAGAAGUGCUUCUUUGCAGUAGUUUUUUUUCCAAUUUGGCUGAGUAAGUCAUUUGGUCUUCACUUAUUGCUCCAAAAUAUGAAUUAGAAUCAAAGGUGAAUUCACAUACCAAACCAUAGGUCA